CAUCCCUCUCACAUUCCAGUCGCACUCAGGGCCCCCAGCCCAACCACCCGUCGUUAAAGUACGCCUUAGCCCCGCCGCCAUUUUGAAGAAUGUGGUUCAACCAUGUGUGGCAGGGAGCAUUCUUUUCUGCCUCCAGCCUUUUGGGAGGCUGGGCUGAGAGUUUCGACGACAGGUAUGGUCGUCAUACCCGCCAUCUUCAGCAUGGCGAGCCACUUCCCUUCAUGAUUGAGGUAGCUUCAAUUCUUCACGGUUAACAUCAAUGUCUUUUGUUGUUUUCAAGCCUUACCCUCGUUCUCUGCGAUCACGGAACAGCGACGUCUCAACUCCAGGUUCAGAGUGGAUAUGCCCUCGUCUGCUUCCUAUACAGAAAGUCAAUCCUCCAGAGCACCAGCGCGACAGGAAUGGCUGCCGACGUUGGUUCUCGCCACGCUGGUCUUCCUCACCGUGGCGUCCGUUGUUGGGCUCUCCUUGUCUGCCACCGCGUUUGGCAACGCUGCGGACUUGGGAAAGCCCGGGCGUGGAAUCAUGCAGAGCUUCAUUAUGUUCGCCGUGCGUUUUCCAUCCUCUACCUACUCUCGCAAUGUGCUUGUGUCAACGAAAACCGUCGGCUAAACCCAUAUUCGGCUCAUCCGCGCAGUCUGUGCUCUCUCUCUUCUACCUCCUCCUGCACGUCCACGCAGCCCGCAAAGGUGAAAGCCUCUAUUUCGACUCUCCCAUCCCAUCAUUCCGCCACCAGCUCCACGCCUGGGCGGCCAUCGUGAUACGCCUUGCCGCCGCCUUAUGGGCAGGCGCGCUGGUCGGCGUCGCGGUGGGGAUCAACCGAGAAGAAGGGGGAAGCAGCACGGUGCAGCUGAAUGUCGACAUGUUUGUCUGUGCCACAGGACUCCUCUCCAGCUGCCUCGUCCUCGGCGUUGUGCAGUUCUCCAGCCGCCCAUUCACCCUGCCUUGGGUCACGCCAUCGCCCUUCGACGAGGACACGUUCUGCCGCGCCGCCGAGUGCGACGACGACAAGACCGUCACCCCAGGUCCCAGCAGCAGCAGCACCAGCAGCACCAGCACCCUAAGCCCCUCAACCCCGUCCAGCGGCCCCUUCUCCUCCCGAGCAACAGCAAGAACAAGUGCGAGAGCACGCAAAUGCAGGAUGGCCCACACCCGCCGCUACAUCCUCAACGUACCCACCCCCGUGCCACAGCGGCCGGCGCCGCUCCCGACCACCCCACCCAAGGGCCAGCAGUCAAGCGGCACGGCAACGAGCUGUUCCCAGACCAGCACCACCACCAGCACCACCACCAGCACCAGCAGCACCACCACCGGCAGCAUCAGCACCAGCAGGAGCAGCAAUAUGUGCAACAGCAACAACGACAGCCUCAACCCGGGGCAGCAGCAGCCGCAGCAGGUAGAGGAGGAACCCGACCUCCCCCCUCGCCGCGCAAGCGAGUCCGAUUCGUUCUUCGCGGCGAGCACGGCUGUCCCGUCGUCGCCCGAGCGGGAGGAUCCGCGGGGAACUUUGCGGCGCAACAGGAAUAAGAGUGCUGCGGUUGUGGCGGAGCCGGUGGCGGCGCGGGCGGGCGUUCGGAGGGCGGGGAACGCGGAGGUUGUUGUUGUUGUUGUUGGCUCGGAGGGUCAGCGGCGGAGGGUGGCGGCCUCGGGGGAUGGGUAUGGUGGUGGUCGUGGUCGUUGGGGUAUGGGUGCGUCUGGGACGGGGGGGCGUCCGGCGCUGGUUCGGGCCGAGGGGAAGAAGAGUGGUGCUGCUGCUGCUGGGCUUGCGCAGGACAAUGAUGGGGUGGCCAAGUUGGGCGCGGCGGGUGUUGGGCGGGGCGGGGAGUCGCCUUCGUCGGCCGCUUCCUCACUCCCACCGCAUUCGACGACUCGACCGCCAAGUUGUUAUGUUCCUGGGGCGUGGAUGCCGCGUGGCUCUCUUGAGGAGGUAAUGGCUGGUGGGGUUUGAUCUCCUCGCAGGGCCGGGUGGCCGGACGACAGAGAUAUGGUCGGGAGUGUGAGUCGUUGUGCAUUUCCUUUUUUUAUUUUUUUCUUUUUAUUUUUUUUUUUUUUUUUUAUUUUUAUUUCCC